AUGGCUUCAUCGACAUACACCAAUAAAACGGUCGACGUUUCGGUCAAGCCAGACACCACGACGCUUAGAGGCAAGAGUGUGGUCGUUACGGGAGGGGCAAGCGGUUUCGGCGAGAAUCAUGCGCGUGCGUUUGCCCCCGCAGGGGCGUUUGUGACUAUCGGCGACAUCAAUGAGGACAGGGGUCGGAAGCUGGUUGCCGAACUAGGAUGGUUUGUGCUCGAUGCCGCAUUGUGGUGCCACGGAGAGAUGGCAUAA